AAAUUAUUGAAGGGAAAAACGAAGGGAAGGGAACUGAGCAGAGAUGGCUCGUACCAAGCAGACUGCUAGGAAGUCCACCGGAGGAAAGGCUCCUAGGAAGCAGCUUGCUACUAAGGCAGCUCGGAAGUCUGCCCCUACCACUGGUGGAGUUAAGAAACCCCAUCGUUAUCGUCCUGGUACUGUUGCUCUUAGAGAAAUUCGCAAGUAUCAGAAGAGCACUGAACUGCUGAUCAGGAAGCUUCCUUUUCAGAGACUUGUGAGAGAAAUUGCUCAAGACUUCAAGACUGAUCUCCGUUUCCAGAGCCAUGCAGUGCUAGCUUUACAGGAAGCUGCAGAAGCCUACCUUGUUGGUCUAUUUGAAGAUACAAACCUUUGUGCCAUUCAUGCGAAGAGAGUGACUAUCAUGCCAAAGGACAUUCAGCUCGCUAGGAGGAUUCGUGGUGAGAGAGCUUAAAAGGCAAAGUCUGCCCCCUAGUUGAACAUGAUGGUUUGCUCAAUCAUUUUGAUGUCUGCCCAUUAUAGUCUAGGAUAUUUGGACAUUUAUCUGCCUUUGUUGUCUUGACUUUAUCAUGUUUUGUUUUGUUUUGAACUAAUAUUGGUAUGACUUUUGACCGGGAUGUUACUGUGAACCUUUUAUAGUUGUCUCGCAACUCUGGUAUGCUGUUGUGAAUGGAAUUGCAAACUAAGUGAAAAAAUUGUUGAA